AUGGGCUUCGUCGAUCGCGGAGGUGGCCGGGAGGCAAAAGGCGCGAGUCUGCGCCGGUCCAAGAACAACCCCGGUGCCCCCACCGCGAAGAACAAAACCACCAAACGGGAAUACACGGCCCCGGCCACACGCGCCACGCCAACGCCGCCACCCGCGUGCCUGCCGGUGCUGAAGGCCUUGAUCGCUGCCGCCCCGGCCGAGGGGGCCGCGAUGGAGGCAACGGCUGCAUCGGCAGUGGGCGGCCUCGAAAAGGCGCUUGCAGCCGUCCGCGAUGCUGCACAGACCGGCGGAUCGCCCUACAUCGACGCCGCUGUGGCGCUCCUGUCACGCAAGCUGGAGGAGGAUCAGGAGGGCAUCUUUCGCCGCGCCGUCGAGGAAGGCAAGCUGACCGCCAUGGUCUGCUGGUGUGGUGAGGUGGAGCGGCAGUCGCUGCUGCUGAGCACGUGUGUGCAGCAUAACAAGCUUUACCGGGGAACUUUGGAGCAGCAGCAGCGCAGCGCCACCGGUGGUGAUCCCCGACAUGUACACUUCAACGUCGAUGGCGCCGUGGUCGGCUCCGUCACAGCAGCGGCGACGACAUCGUCGUCGCCGGGAAAGGCCGGCAUUCUUCUGUACGCGGUGCUCGGCAUCCACGUCAACAGCAUCGACCGCGUGAACAUGCGAGUGCAUGAUCAGUGGAUCAAGGAGCUCGAGGCUAACGUGAAGCACGGCGACGUUGUCGGCGUCCUCACGGGCCUGAACCUCAGCCGCGAGCACGGCACGCACUACGCGCAGGAGCGCCUGUUCAAGGAGUGCUGGCGUGUUGCGGCUGAGGUACGUCUGCCGCUGGUGUUGCACCUCGGCGCAGGGGAUGCGGCAUCGCUCACGGAAACAGUGAACCGCGCCGCCAAGCUGCUCAACGAACUCCUCGCCGCUACAUCAACGGCGGCAGACGGCGCCGGCGCCGCUCCGUCUGCAGUGGUGCUGCACAAUGGCUUGCAUGCCCUCCACGCCUCCACAGCGAUGCAGCAGCUUGUCCGUGCGCACCGCCCAGCAGCGGGGCCGACAGCACCGGCGGCUGUUCCGUUUUACGUACUGGUAACGGCGGAUGGUCUGGCGGUGGCGAAGACAGAGGGCAGCGAAACGAAGGCGACAGCGACAGCCGACAGUGGGGCGUCGGCUGAGGCGCUCGCAGCCUUGCUGCCUCCACGUGCCGGGCUUGGCUCCGACUCUGACAGCGCUGCCGCCACCACCGCCACCACCAGCAGCAGCAGCAGCGGAGGAGGAGGGGGAGACGCUGCCGUGCACCUCUCACAGCUUCUUAUCGGGACUGGUGCGCCUUGGGGCACGCCACGAAAUCUGCCAGACCCCUACCUCUGCACCCUGCCCAACGAGCCAGGAAACUACGCGUACGUUGUGCAGACGGUCUACGACGCGAUGCAGCCACCCCCGGCGGCGGCGGCGGCUGAGCUGACACUCGCCGAUCUGUCGGCCAUCGCUGCCGUGAAUCAUCUGCUUGCCUUCUUCCACGAGUGUGUCUUGGAGCAGCAGCAGCCGGUGGCCGUGGCUGGACUGACCGACAGCGAUGCCAAGCGCGAUCUGGAGGCGCUGCUGGCCGAGGCGGCGAAGGAACGGGAGCGGAUGGAGCAGGAGCGGCGGCGCGAGGAGGCGGCGCUGGCGCAGGCCCGUAGCGAGGAGCUGCAGGAGAAGCGCAGCAAGAGAGAGCGGAAGAAGAACGUCAAGGCGAAUAACCGGUCAAACUUCACACACUUCCGCAACAAAGACUUUGCACCUCGGCAGAGCAAGCAGGAGAAGCGGGCGCCUUCGUCGGCAUCGGCAACCUCCGACAGCGACAGCGACAGCGCCGGGGAGCCCAGCAGCCUGGCGGCCCAGGUGGAGCGGCUGCUGGAGGUGAACGCUGCCCACCGCAAUCCAGAGUCCAGGACGCAGCGGCAGCAAGCAGGUCGGGGCAAGGGGAAGGGCCAAAGUGCGUUGGGAGGGUCGAAGAAGGUGGGCAGCAGCGCAGACAAGCAGCAGCAGCAGCACAGCGCUGGUGCCGGCGGCAAGGUCAAGAACGGAAGCCCCAGGGAUAGCAGCGACCGCGAUGGUAGCGAUGACGACGACGAGUGA